AUGUCAGUCAGCACGGCACCCUCGCUACAGCUUACCGAUUACCUGGAGAAGCUCCCAGGUACGACCUUUCGGAAGCUCUACCAGCAGCCCUCGACGGCGUUUGCCAUCUUUCGGCGCAUGCUGCCCCAACUCGCCAAAACAUUUGUUAUGCGCAUGCUUUUCAUGCCCAAGCCGAUGCUCCUCCACGAUCUCGAGCUCUGGGCGUUCCACAUCGUACAUAUCACCGCGCCGUCACGCGACAAACCGCAGGAGAUGCAGCUCUCCUCCAACUUCAGAACAUCGAUGCGCCUCGCGCUGACUGGCGGGGGCACACACCAAUCGUUUGGUGUUCCGUCUAACCUGACCGUCCCGACGGAGAUCGACAUCAACUUCCUUGAUCGAUACGCAAAGAAAAAGUGGGAGGACAUUUUGCACUUUGUCGUCUCCUCCGUGGGCUACAAGUCUAGCGCAGAGGCCAAUGGCCCGAAUAAGAGCGUCAAGGAACUCAUUAUCUCGGGACGUCUCGUCGAUCGCCGUCCCGGAGGUGGCAUCGGCAUCACGCAAGCAGGGUUCACAUUCCUCCUGCAGGAAGCCAACGCACAGGUCUGGACGCUGCUUCUACUGUGGCUCGAGGCAAUGGACAACAACCGCGAAGCAGGCUUGGAGGCGGUCGACAUGCUGUCGUUUCUCUUUGUCCUGGCCAGCAUGGAACUUGGGCGGGCCUACGAUACAAACGCUCUGACGGAACAGAGGCGGAACAUGCUCCCGUCCCUAGUCGACUUUGGCCUUGUGCAUGUCCCUCAUCAUAAGAGAUCCAUGUUCUUCCCGACCAGGCUGGCGACGACGCUCACAUCCGGCUCCAGCUCGAGCCUGCGCACCAUCUCCGAGGGUGUGACGGCCGCGACCACGGCAGUCCAGACGUCCGGCGGGCCCCUGGGCUCGACCGAAAAGGGGAGUGUCGUCGUCGAGACGAACUACCGCGUGUACGCCUACACCCACUCCACGCUGCAGAUUGCCGUCCUCGCCCUGUUCUGCAAACUCACCUCCCGCUUCCCGGACAUGGUGGCCGGUCGCCUGACGCGCGCCUCGAUCCGGCAAGCCAUCAAUUUUGGCAUCACGGCCGAUCAGAUCAUUGCGUAUCUCGCGGCCCACGCGCACGAGCAGAUGCACCGAACCGCGCUGCAGACCGCUAAACCCGUCCUGCCGCCCACCGUCAUCGACCAGAUCCGCCUCUGGCAGCUGGAGAAUGAGCGCAUGAAAACGACCGUGGGCUUCCUGUUCAAGGAGUUUGAGGAUCAUAAGGAGUACCUCGCGGUCGCCGGGUUCGCAGAGGAAAUUGGCGUGCUCGUUUGGCGGAGCGACAAGACGGGCAUGUUCUUUGCGAGCAAGCACGAGCAGAUCAGGGACUAUCUGCGGAUACGCAAAAAGGCAGAGUGA